GUUUCCUCCCCGCGCGGAGCACCGUCACCCGGCCGUGCCUGCUCCCAGACUCCGCUUGGCAGUGGCUUUGAGCGCCUGGGCAGAUAUUUUUGCGCUGCUCUCCAUCUCCCACUUUGUCCCCCCCCCUGCUGUGAUUUCAAAUGGGGGGAGCGGACUGCAGCACAGAGAGCCGAGAGCCGACAGCAGCGCUUUGAGCAGGCGAGUCCUCAUGCAUUAGUGGCAGACUGCACUUUGAAAGCAAAAAGAAGCGGAAGAAUUAGAAGAAGGAGCAGCAGCAGCCGCGACGCACUUUGGGCAAACAUGAGCGGAGGAGAAAUCAUCUUUCAGGGCUGGCUGAGGAAAUCACCCCCGGAGAAAAAGCUCAGGAGAUAUGCAUGGAAGAAACGUUGGUUUAUACUUCGGAGUGGCCGAAUGAGCGGUGACCCUGAUGUUCUCGAGUACUACAAGAACGACCACUCAAAAAAGCCCAUCCGGGUCAUCGACCUGCACUGCUGCGAGCAGGUGGACGCUGGCCUGACCUUCAAGAGGAAGGAGUUCCAGGACAGCUUUGUUUUCGACAUCAAGACGUCAGAUCGCACUUUUUAUCUCGUCGCCGAGACGGAGGACGAGAUGAACAAGUGGGUCCGCUCCAUCUGCCAGCUGUGCGGUUUUAACCAGUCGGACGACACUCAUGAGACCAGAUUACACCAUAUGCCUAGGUCUGUUGGAGCAGAUGUCACUGGCUCGAUGGCUCCUGUGAGCGGAGAACGGAAGUCAUCGGCGCCUGUCCACUCCAGCCAGCCGGUGCUCUUCACCUUCGAUGUGCCCAUGCGCCACUCGCACCACGGCUCCCUGUCCAACAGCGCUCCUCAGGACUACCUCCUCCUCCACCAGUGCAUGAGCAGGAAGACAGAGAGUGCACGGAGUGCCAGUUUCUCUCAAUCCACACGAAGCAAUACAUUUCUGGGGAGCGACUCUCCGGUGCAGAAAUUUUCUUACGGCUUCUCAAACUGUCUUAACGGCACAGGAGCUCAGCUGCACGGCUUCUAUAGCCUUCCCAAACCAGGAAAGCAUCAGCUGUCGGUGCACAAUGAUUCGUCACAGGAGGCCUGCUACGUUCUUCCGCGGGGUUACAGUUCUGAGGCCCCACCUCACAGCAGCCUCGGCGACCCUGACUUUGAGAACGAGGAGGUGUAUACCUUCAAAACUCCCUGCAACACCCUCGCCACCAUGCACAGCAACGAGCGCUCGCCAGACAAUUAUGACUUUCCCACCACGCCCGGCUCCUUUUAUCAGAUCCCACGGACAUUUGACAAGAACCACAACUCCCUGACACCAUCCAGCUCUGAAUCCUCCUGCGCUCCUCCACCUAGGCCCCCUAAACCUAACCAGGGGCCUGAAGGGAACUGGGGGAGUCCCCAGUCGGCUGGGAGUCAAAAUGGGGAGAUGACAUCUGCAGUGUCUGCCCUUCCACGCAGGAACACUCUCCCUGCUGUGGAGAACAUCAGGCUCCACAGAGGUUCUUCCUUUGAAAUCAACAACCACCAUCGUUUGUUCCACUUCAACAACUCGGGCCAGUCUGUGGAGUCUGUUAAUGACGGAUUCAGCUCAUACCUGAGGAGCCAGACCCCUUUGACGCGCUCGGACAGCGGUAACUCAGAUGACAACUACGUUCCCAUGAAUCCCGGCUCCUCGCCACUCAGUGCUGCCCAGGCUGACAGUCCUAAGAAUGUCUACAUUCCCAUGAGUCCUGGGCCUCAUCACUUCGAUUUCCCAGGGUUCUCUGCAACGUUACCUGCUCGAAAGGCGAGCAGUGCAUCCUUGUGUCACAGGCCCGCUCGUCUGAGUGAAGUUACACCACCUCCCAUCAACCGUAACCUUAAACCGAACAGGAAACCAAAGCCAACACCUCUUGAUUUAAAGAACAAUGGGAUCAUAGAUGAGCUGCCGUAUAAGAGUCCCGUCACCAUGUCCUGGACGCGUCCCAUGCAUGAGAUGAACUCCUCCCACCAUUGUCGACCAAUCUCCACGCAGAGCAUCACCAGCACCGACUCUGGAGACAGCGAAGAGAAUUAUGUGGCUAUGCAGAAUCCAGCAUCUACCUCCCCAGCCAUGAGUGGCACCAGCAGCCCAGCCCCUCGGAAGUCUGGGAACGUGGACUAUUUGGCACUGGACUUCCAGCCUGGCUCACCCAGCCCACACAGAAAGCCCUCCACAUCUUCUGUGACGUCUGAUGAGAAGGUGGACUACGUCCAAGUGGACAAAGAAAAGACACAGGCGCUUCAAAAUACGAUGCAGGAGUGGACCGAUGUACGGCAGUCAGCUGAGCCUGUCAAGGGCGUCAAAUCCUGACACUGACUCGUACAAAAAUUGAAGAACUGAAAUCCCUUGUUAAGUCUCCAGGAUUAUGCUCGGAUCACUACCAUAAAUAGCAGUUGGACUUGUGUAAGACUUAAAUUUCAGGGCAAAAAGCCAUAAUUAUCCUAUGCCUGUUCUCUCUGUGAUAAUUACUUCUGCAGUGCACUGCUGGCAUGCAGGAUAUCAGGACAUACAGGUAAAAGCAAGCUGCCAAAGCUUUAAAAACAGACUGUUAGAGUGUAUAAAACUAUCAUAUUCAACCAUCACUCCGGUUCACUCGGAUAUAUUGUAUGAUUAAACCUGUCCCACCAGACCUCAGCAGAUAUUGGUUGCAUCCAGAUGGCAAUUUACUCUGAGCAGCAGCGCUAGCUAACUGGUCGAUAACUAUAUUAAUAUACUGUGACAGUACGCAUACAGGUCUCAGGAAUGCCAAGAAACUCUCCUAUUUGAACACACUUUCUCGCUUCCCCACCCCCCCACUUCAAUCUGUCAUUUGUGCUGAGUCUUGCAGUAGCAGUAAGGAGGAGAUUAUUUUCACUGCAGGCAAUCAUUUCAGCUUAGCAGUGCAUGUCUGGCAAGAGGAAAGGGGAGACAGAAAUAUAGCCAUCCAAAUAUGCAAAAGGCCUGUGUCAAGAUUACCUAAUGAUAACUGCACAUGACGGUUGGCUCAGUUUCAAUUAGGUGAGAAUCCAAGCCAGAUUUAGAAGCUGUCAGGCUCAGGAUGGCAGUCCAAUUAUUUCCAUGUUGCUAUCAAGUUAUUACUGUUCAGAUAGACAAAACUAAUGACAGGAAAAAAAAAAAAAAAACUUGUAGGGUUUUGAAGGGCAUUUAUCAGUGUUGUUGCAGCUUUUUCAGUGAGUUAAGACGUUUAGCUUCCUUUAGAUUUAUGUCCAUGACUGAAAUCAAGAAUUUGUAUAAAAGAACGGAACAAAACAAAAUUAAACAAAAGCCAAAACUCAUCCAAGAAAGUGACAUUGUUCAAUAAAAUAGCAAAUUAUCUAGUUCAUAAAGCCACUAUUCAUAUAGAAACAUAUUCGAGAAAUGUUUCGCUAGAGCAGUAUGGAGGAGAUCUACAAAAAAAAGGGCUCUCUAUAGAAAGAUUUCAAAAGUCAAAACUUGUGACGCUGGAUUUAGAUUGAUAUUACAAUUUCUGCUUCUGAUUAACUAGUUACUCUGAUGUGCUCAACCAUGUGUUGGCACAUUUAAAAAAUCUGUGUUCAUGAAGGCUCCACUGCACCAAAGUGAGUUAGCUCGAUGUUAAGAUAGUGAUAGAGAAUCAGACUGUCGCUCUAAUCAAAUACCGUCGCCUUCAUUUUUCUCAGAGGGAUAAAUGGAGUCACAACUGAAGCUAGUUAUUUCAGGUAAACACACAGGUGAUUGUAAAAUAUUUAGCCCAGUCUGUGGAAAUCAGAAGAUGCCUUGCACUGACAGAAAACACAUAAAAAGUAAAAACUACUGUAAAAGAAACCACUAUAUUGCCUGAAGAACUUUAAGAUCACAAACGACAGCUAUAGUUGCCUUGGUGGUCUGGCUGUUAACUACCUGCUCAAGCCUGUUUUUUGUGGCCAUGGCAUGAAUUGUGAUAUGUCUUUUUCCCUAAAGUUUGGGUCGUUCAAGCAAAAGGGCUCCCUUUGACGUUUUUUCUUGCUCACCAUUAGGCAGCCACACGUCCGUGCGUUGUUAGUCAAGAAAACAGUCUGCAGCAUAUAUACAAUUCUCCCUCAGUCACUCCUGAAAUAUCAUCACCCAUAUAUGGUACUCACUUCAUGUUUCCAAGUGGCUACAAAGACAAAAAAUGCCAUACUUCCCAUUUUUAGAGGUUUUAUGGCUCUAAAAUAUAUUUUCCCUUUAAAGUAUUUUCACAUGCAGCUCCAUGCAACUGUGCAAUGACCAAGAAACCUUACAAAGUGGGAGUAAAAAUAACGCCAGAGGUGCUCCAUUACAUAAGUUAUAGAUAAAUAAGUCAGGCAUUCACAGCAUUGCCAUCAAGCCUAACAUUUCCCACACUACAUCUCUGAACAUUAAUUAUAUGUAAAUUAUUAACAUACUGGCAUAUGUAAGUGCAUCUUGUUGACUGUUUGAAAUUUGUUGCACUUGUCUGGUACAAAAAAGUGUGCUACAUUAACACAGGAACUCAUCAGUAAUGAUAUUUGUAUAAAAUUAAGAAGUUUAUUUGGGAUACUUCUGUGAUUCUCUAAUUUGCCUUAUAUUUUCAUUUUAUUUUAGAAUGUAGCUUCUGCUGUGGAGGAGUUUGAUUAUUGAUUAUUUUGUCCAAACCAGGACCACAUUGUAUUCAGAACAACUGAGUUAUCAGUCUCUAACUGAAGUGAAGUCCAGUAUUUCAUUGUGGGCUGGAACCACUUAUUAAGAAAACCAAGGCCAUGCAGUGCUGGAUGGUGUUAUCAAUUAAUAUUUACUGCUUGUGUUUUUCUACACUUUUUACUUUUUUUUUCAGAAUCUUUUUAAUCAUUUUUAUUAUUAUUGAUUCACCUAACCAAGUGUUAUAUACAAACGGAGGCUAAAUUUAGCAAACAUGUGUUGUAGAUUGUAUUUAAUUCAGCUUUGAAUUCCAAAAUAGGCUUUUCAAGAACCACUCAUAAAUUUGGGAUGGCUAGUAAGGCUGAUAACAUUCCCAGAUGAACUGUGAUUUACAAAGAGGGGAGAAAAGAUUGAAGAAGAAGAGCUUGUCUACCUGUCAGUCUCUGAAGUGAAGUGGAGGUGUAAUUUAUUAUCUGGAGAUACUCGCUGCGAGCUGGGGUGCUGUGUACGCAUUGUGGUAGAUUGAGCUGAGUUAUGUUCAGUGACAGCCUGGCAGUUCGAGACUGAAAACAAUGCUCAGAUCUACUGUCAGACCGAUGACGUACUGUACUGAUAAUGAUCUUUUUUUUUUUUUUUUCUUAAAGAAAACCACUGUUAUUGCUACUACUGUAAACCAUUUGCAGACUGCUUGUGUGUUAACUUAUUAAUUUAUUGUGUGUUUUGCAGUUGAUAAUUGUGAAAAAAAGAAAAACAAGUGAGGAAGAAUUCUCUACUAACAUUAAUGUAUAUCUUCACUUUUUUUUCCUAAAGAGUUUGAAAAGUUAUGCAAGUGUGAUUGCAACGUGGUACAGUUAAUUUGGUAUACACAAGUAUACCUUGUCAUUCCAAUAUUAUGGUAGACUUAAACUGUGGAAGUAGAAUAAAUCAAGGAGUUAAACUCUGGUUGUACCAUUUUUUUGGCUGUCAUGAUACUAUCAAUAAACUCACAUUUUUUUGGACAGAACUGAUAUAAUUUUCUUCCAAGAAUACCAACUGCUGAAAGAGGUGUAUCCACAUGCAUGUUCCAAUGUGCAGAUCGGUUUUACAUACGUUUUAAAACAGCCACUAUGUUGUGACAAUAUAGUAUGAGAAGAAAUUAUUGGUAAAGACAUUGAGCUUCACAAAAAAAAAAAAAAAAAAUCAAACUCGAUAAAUCUCAAUUUACUUGAUAAAUCAAGGUGCAUGAGUGAACUCCCACCUUCCUGGACCCGUUUAGAGCUGAUCCAAUGUUCCAUGACCAGGAC